AUGCAAGGCAGAAAUUCUAAUAUUUUGACAUCUUCGGAUAAAAUUGAAAGCUUUCGCGCUAAAUUGGAACUAUGGAUCAGUCUCGCUACGAAUGGUAAUAAUAAAAUGUUCCCAAAUGUCAUGGCAGCUGAUGCAGAAAAAAAGGUGCAGGCUUUGAUUGUCAAACACUUAAAGCUUCUUGCAGAGAAAAUGAAUUUUUAUUUCCCUAAGCGUGAUCUGCAAUCUAUGGACUGGGUACGAAAUCCAUUCUCCGAGAACAUUCCUUUCGGCCACUUACCAAUGAAUGAGCAGGAAGAACUGAUGGAAACGAAAACGGAUCGCACAUUAAAAUUUAAAUUUUCUGAAACAGAUUUAGAACAAUUUUGGCUAUGUGUGAGAAAUGAAUAUCCUCUGUUUUCUAAGCAUGCUAUUGCAAUACUUUUGCCGUUUUCAAUGACCUAUUUGAGUUAA